AUGGAGAAAAUCGACUUAUCCACCAAUGCCCGCAAUAUCGAGAAUGCCUACUUGAAGGUGGUUCGUAAUCAAGGAAUCAAUUACCUCAUCUUAAAGGUUGACAACAGUGCGGUUGUCGACUUGGAAGAAACUGGCCAGGGUGAUUUGAACGAGUUCGUCGAACACUUUACCGAUGGCCACGUCCAGUUUGGGUUGGCCCGGGUCAAUGUCCCCGGUUCCGAUGUCUAUAAGAACUUGUUAUUGGGAUGGUGCCCUGCCAACGCCCGGGCUAAGGCCAGAUUGUCAUUUGCCAGCAACUUUGCCGACAUUGCCAACGUCUUGGUGGGAUAUCACGUCCAGAUCACCGCCAGAGACCAGGACGACUUGGAUGUCAAUGAGUUCUUAUCGAGAGUCUCGGCUGCUGCCGGUGCUAGAUACUCAAUCCAGAGCCUCUCUUCGUCGGCCAAACCUAUCACCUCCAAGCCAAUCAGUUCCAAAGCGGUUGAACCAAUUGUACCAAAACCAGCACCAACCCCUGCCAAAUCGUUAGCUCCUACUAAGCCUGCGGCCCCAAAGCCUGCAUUCAAACCGGCCUUUGUGCCAAAGUCUACUGGAAACCCCAUCAACGUUUCUGAAACUCCUAUCAUCAAGCCCAAACCAGUGGUCAGCGUACCAAAGCCCCUGGUGGCUGAUGAGGAUGACUGGGGUGAUGCUGAGGAUGUGGAAGAAAGAGAUUUCGACGAGAACCCGUUGCAAAACACCCCUUCCGCUUAUAAGCCGACAAAAGUCAAUAUUACCGAGUUGAGAAAACAAAAGAGCGACACGAUUUCUUCACAGCCAACAGCUGUCAAACCAGCUGAUGACAAACCCGAAGACGGUGAGUCUCCUCAUUCGUUUAAGGACAGAAUGUCUGCCUACAAGAAAAAUGAAGAGCCUUCAGAUGGACGGUUGACGUCUUUGCCCAAGCCCAAGACCAACCACGCAGUGUCAUCUCGGUUCACACCUGUGGCGUCAGGACCUCUGUUUGGAUCCAAGCCUUCGUUUAUCAAGCCGGUUGAAAACAAAACCGACAAGUUGGUGACGGGAGUCAACAGAGACUUUGCUUCUGAGAAUGGUAAGACUCCUGCUCAGAUCUGGGCUGAGAAGAGAGGAAAAUAUAAAACUGUUCCACAAGAGGAGGAAGUGGUUGAAAAGUUGGCUGAGGACGUUGCUGAUGUGCAAGUGUCUGCACCGGAAGAGCCCGAAGACGAGACUCCGGAGGAGUCCCCAGAGGUUGAGACUCCUCCAAGGGAAGCCACUCCCAAGGAAGUCACGCCAGUGCCUUCUUUGCCAGUUCGUAAUCUUCCUCCUCCUCCUGUCAGGGCUGCUGCUGCCACUCCCGUAAAAGCCGUCACCCCACCGGAAGAGAAAGAAGAACCUCCAGCUCCAGCUCCAGCUCCUAGACCGGCUGCUGCCUUGCCAAAGAAAGGGCCUUCUGCCGUCGCCGAGUACUCCUACGAGAAGGACGAGGACAACGAGAUUGGAUUCGAAGAAGGUGACUUGAUCAUCGAAAUCGACUUUGUCGAUGACGACUGGUGGUCGGGUAAGCACUCAGUCACGGGCGAGAUUGGGUUAUUCCCUUCUUCGUACGUCACUGUGAAAGACGGCGAAGAGUCCAAGGACGAGUCCAAUGUAGAACCCAAGGAAGAACCCAAGGAAGAACCCAAGGAAGAACCCGUGUCGGCUCCAGAAGAAACACCAACUGCCACCGCUGAGUACACCUACGAAAAGGACGAAGACAACGAGAUCGCGUUCGAGGAAGGAGACUUGAUUGUGGAAGUGGAGUUUGUCGAUGAAGACUGGUGGUCUGGUAAGCAUUCCAAGUCGGGUGAGACCGGCUUAUUCCCAGCCAACUACGUGAAAUUAAAUAACUAG